CAGCUGAGUGCUUGCUCUCUCACAGUGAGUGUGCCCGUGUGCCCGUGUGUGUGUGUGUGUGUGUUGUCAUUAUUAUCCACUCUGCUCCCAGCUCAGAAUGGCCAGAUUCACUCAGACUGAAACAAGAAGGCAGCACCAUCCACAGCAGCUCCAGCCCGCUUACUCCAGCCUGGUUUUCACCGGACCGGGGGUACCACCGAGCCAACAACCACUACUACUUAUCCCACAUCAGCACCCGUACCCUCAGAUCACAUUUCCGAAACCCAUGAACGGGUCAGAACCCAUUUCAAUUCAUCCGGAGAGCGGCAACAUGAAAGACCAAGAUGCCAUUAAGCUGUUUAUCGGGCAGAUACCGCGGAACUUGGAAGAAAAAGACCUGAAACCCCUGUUUGAACAGUUUGGGAAAAUCCACGAACUGACAGUUCUCAAGGACCGAUACACCGGCAUGCACAAAGGUUGUGCAUUCCUCACCUACUGCGCCCGAGAGUCGGCCAUCAAAGCCCAGAACGCCCUCCAUGAACAGAAAACACUGCCAGGGAUGACUCGCCCCAUCCAGGUGAAACCGGCUGACAGCGAGAGCCGUGGAGAAGACAGGAAGUUGUUUGUUGGGAUGCUGAACAAACAACAGACUGAGGAGGAUGUUUACCGCCUCUUCGAACCCUACGGAGUCAUCGAGGAGUGCACGGUCCUAAGAGGUCCUGACGGAAACAGCAAAGGUUGUGCCUUUGUCAAGUUCUCCACACAUACUGAGGCUCAGUCUGCAAUCAGUGCCCUCCACGGUAGCCAGACCAUGCCAUUCUCUCUACCCCCUCAGGGUGCUUCCUCCAGCUUGGUGGUCAAGUUUGCCGACACAGACAAGGAGCGCACCAUCAGACGUAUGCAGCAGAUGGUUGGGCAGUUUGGCAUCUUCAACCCAGCCAUUGCCCUUCCCUUCAGCACCUACAGCUCCUACGCACAUGCGCUAAUGCAGCAGCAGGCAGCCAUCAUGGCAGCAAGCCACGGAGGUUACCUCACGCCAAGCGUGGCUUUUCCCGCCACACAGAUCCACCAGAUGGGGGCGCUCAACAUCAACAGCCUCCCACCCACCACCAUGACCCAGGUGUCGGGUGAGUUUCAUCAAGCCCUGGCAGGCCUCAGUUCUCCACCAGCCAACAUCACCACCUCCGCCGUGCCCAGCAUCGUCACGCCCAUUGUCAACGGAUUCACCGGCAUCCCCCAUCAGCCCAACGGACACCCUUCUGUGGAGACUUUGUACACCAACGGCCUGCCAUCCUACUCCACCCAGAGCCCCACGGCUGCUGACACCCUCCAGCAAGCCUUCACUGGAGUACAGCAAUACACAGCGAUCUACCCAGCCACCACGCUGACUCCCAUUGGCCAGACACUGCCCCAACCACCCCAGGUCAUCCAGCAGCAGCAGCAGAGAGAAGGUGAGGGUCCGGAGGGUUGUAACCUGUUCAUCUACCACCUGCCACAGGAGUUUGGAGACAAUGAACUCAUGCAGAUGUUUCUGCCCUUCGGCACCGUCAUCUCCUCUAAGGUCUUCAUGGACCGGGCAACCAACCAGAGCAAGUGCUUCGGUUUCGUGAGCUUCGACAACCCUGCUAGUGCACAGGCAGCUAUUCAAGCCAUGAAUGGCUUUCAGAUUGGGAUGAAGAGGUUGAAAGUGCAGCUAAAGAGACCGAAGGAUGCCAGCCGCCCUUACUGACACAGCCUACCUUCACUAUUUAUUGCAGCAGCACAGGUUUUAGAGGACACGUAAAGAUAUCUUGGAGGAGUUAAACUUUUUUUUUUUUAAAAGCAAAAAUAAGUUUUAAAAAAAAAUCAACACGUAAGGAAUUUUUGAAGACAUAUCAGCAUUUACUUAUGAAGAUAUAGGUUACGGCAGAAAAAGAAGAUGCGAAAGAGGAGGAGGCGCUUCACCGGGGGACUUAACAGUAACAGAUGGCACCGUGCAAGAAAGACGAGAAGAAAAAAAAAAUGUGAUGAGACUGAACAACAGAACUUUUUCUUGUUGAGACUUGAAUUGUUAAUUAAGCAACAAACUAACAAACAAAAAAGCAGCAACAACAAAUAGAUUUCUAUAUACAUAUUAUAUACACAUAUAUAUAAGGAAAGAGGCGCUUGUGGCUUUUACUGUACUGGACAAAUGAGGGUUAAAACUUGAAGAUCAAGAAAAACAGUGGAAAAAAAGAAGCUAUUCUAUUCGUCCACUGACAGACUUUCUUUCUCUUUCCCUCUUUCUCUUAUUCUCUCACCGUCUCUCUCAGCAAGCGCAGAACUAUGACUCUUGGAGGUCACGGAGGUUUCCAUUAGCAACUGUAGAACUGCAAAUCUUUCACCCCUAAGGGACCAAAGGACCAAACAUUUUUACUGUUCUGGACAGUAAUAUAUAGUAUUAAUGAUACUAAUACUACAAACUACUACUAAUAAUAUUACAAGUUAAACUUAAGAAGAAAUACUAGCUUCAGGUAAAAAAAAAAAAAAGAGGAAAUGGGUUUUGGUUUCUUUUCCUUUUACAUUUAUAGCUGCUGGGUUUAAGGAAUAUUAAAAUAAAGCAGAAAAAAAUGUAUAAAGCUAUACUAUUUUAGUGGCGUAGAGUUUGUGGGUUAGACAUUGUUUCGGGCAUGUUCAGAUAUGUUCUUUUGCCACUCAUUGCUUCAUCUGCGUCACAGCAUUUCAUCUCGGAGGUGUCAUCUGUCGGCGUCAUUGUGUCAGUAGAAGUAGAAAACCAGUCCAGUAGUGCCAAAAAGUGACACAAUAACAAUCUCUUAACGCAAACAUCGCUGAUCCAUGGUGUGUUUAGCCAUGCAUCGCUGUCUUCUGCUUUUGUCAGCGCAUUUUCAAUUCCGUAAUUGAUGCAAGAGUAAUUCCAUGUCAUUAAAGCCUUGAUAUUACAGAUAAUCUGACCAUAAAGCACUGUGGUUAAAGUGCCACCCGGCUGAGCUGGAUACGCAGCAGUAAAACAGCACAGCAUCUGUAACUGCUUAAUAAAAUAUACAAAUGAGCCUGACAGCAGUUGUAAAAAAAAUUCCAUCAGCGUGUCACAGUGGUCCCUGCCGGGUCGUGCCCUCUCCCGCUGCCAAGCUCCUCCAGCUGCUCUCCGCAGGUGAGAGCACACUCCCUUCCCCUUUUGCCUCCCCUCUCUCUGCCUCUCUCUCCUCACCUCCAAGUGCCAGCAUAUCUCUCUUAGUAUUGACCAUCAGUUCACGGGGGGCCGGGAUCCAACCCACAGUAUAAAAAGGAUAAUGAUAAUAUUGAUCGGAUGGGGAACAGACCCGCAGGGCGAGAGAUGGUGCAAUCAAUUGCUCAUUGGCGUUUUGAAUGAGUUGACUGACUGACAGUGUCCAUUCCUCUCUCAGUGGUUGCUAUUCCCCCUCUAACUACCAUCCACAGUCUCAGAGGGGACCCCGAAUCUGACAGAGGCCCCGUGGGACACGUCGAAGUCACUUAAAUCGGCGUCAUUAUCACUAAAAAGUGAAAAAGGUUCAGAGGGUUACGUGGCUGCGACAGGAUCUGUAUAUAGUGUUUAGAGUAGAUCGUACGAGUUCUUCAGUGAAGAGCAGCUGUAUUUAUUUAUUUUUCCUCUCCAAAGGGUAUAAUAGCACAGUAAGAGCUUGUACACUGUGAGGAACAGCCUGGCAUUACCAGCCUUAGGAGGUCAAAUUAAGAGCAAAAUGAUCCAUCAAUUAGACAGCAGCAGGCCUGUAAGUGUAGCUGCUACAGCUGCUGCUGCUUCAACCAGACGACAGCUUACCAUUAGCACCGGUCACACAUGGCUCCUAUAUACAGUGUGGUCAGGACACAUCACGGCGUAUCACAUGUGAUUAAUUAACUAAACUAGCGUCAUCUGUGGUGAUGCUUUUUACAGAGAAACACACACACACAUACAGUACAUCCGAGAUGAAAUUGUUUUUCAUGACUUGCUUUUACCAAGUCGCCUUUUUUAUUUUAUUUUUAUUUUUUAUCCAUCACAUCCACUCACUUGUCUUUUAAUUUGAAAAUAUUUUCCAACGUGUCCAUUCAUUGACUCAGUUUGCACUGAAGCGGCCUGUCCCUCAGGACUCUGUGGGACCUCAGCACUCUGGUCAUCAUCUCUAAACUUUAGACACGCCAGUCAUCAAAUCACAAUGCUGUCUCUGUGGCCGCAUCCACACAAGAAGAGUCUUCAGAAAACUGUAGUCUGGUACGGCAAACGUCAUCACCUUGACUGUAUCCUUUUUUGUUUUUAUUCUCUUGAUUUGUAUGAUUACUGGUUCACAGGAUCAGCAUUAUUAGUAAGGGGACGUUUGAUCAUUAUUGUUACUCCACUCAUUCACUGUAUACUGUUCUCUUACAGGCAAUACUUAGAUGCUGUAAAACGAAAGUCUUUAAAAAUGCCUUUUCUCAUCAUGUAUUGCCAAAUUAUGCAAGCAUAUCCACUGCAUUUCCUCAUCAGACGUCAAACGUGCCAGAUUCCUUGAAAAUGUAAGAUAUGACUGUGUUAAUUUUCACGUCAAGUAUUGGUCAGUGAGGAAAAGUAUUUGAUUUUGUGAUAUAGCAUAACAUUUUAGGAGGAAGGUCCUUUCAGGCUGUAAUGGUAUUCAAUAGAGUUUUCCAGUGAAAAGGUUAGAUUUCACAUAUAUUUGCCAGAAGACAGUUUCCCCCCCGGUUACUGGCACUGAGUUUCCUUUCUCCUGUCAGGGCCCAGCAGCUUUAGGAAGCUGUGAUAUAUGCCCUUCUUUCCCCGGGCCAUACAGCGCCUUAUAAAUCCACUCAAAAAUCUUUUCUCACAGGAUUUCUACUGGAGAGUUUUUUAAAUUAUUAAAAUCAAAUUAAAGUUGGCCUUCACAACAGCUUGGGCAACGCACAUUAAAGAUGCCAGCUGACAUUUAAUGAGUUUGAAAAAGAUGUUGAGUUAAGUUCAUUCCGCCAAAAGAAAGAAAUGAACAUUGAUUGAACUCAAUUAAAAGGUUUGUGCAUGGAGACAGUUUGUAUGUAGUGCAUAAGCCUAAAUAUACACAUCUGUUAUGAAAUUCAGAAAAGGGAAAGUGAUGACUGAAAGCCAAGAAAGUCCUUGAGUUGACAUUUUAGAAUGACCAAACUGACUGAAAACACACUAAAAAGAAAAAAAGGAAAUAGCAGUGAUAGUGUUAUCAUUUAGCUGCAUGUGGUCAAACUAAAAUGUACUUUCUACAUGUUUUUUACUCUUGCAUCCUUUUUUCAUUCAUUUGUCAUCCCAUGGUGCCCUUUCAAUCUCUGAGCAUGCUCGGGGGGGGGGGGGGGCGGGGGGUUAAAGAUUAUGGUACUAGUAUUAACAAUAUGAUUCUUUAACUAUGGUUUGAAUGCUAAGGAGAGUAGCUUAUUAUAAAUAUGAAAUCUGUAUAUUGUGGAAAAUCAGCACAGGGCCUUUCUUUGGGUACAUAUAGAUUAGGGUUUGAAAUGGGGGGGUGGGGGGGGGGGUCGCUUUAUAAAGAUGUUAACUUUCUGGUUUCUCAGCACAAAGCAUACAAAAACAUAUAAACAGCAGUAUGGAGUCUGUGAUGAAGACUUUACUGACAUGCAGGGUGCAAAAAGAAGAAUCUCAGUACUAUUCUUUAAACCUGGAGGAGAAAAUGCAGUUUACAGGUUGUAUUCUUUUUUCUUUUUUUCUUUUUCUUUUUAAGGGAGAGUGCCACCUGUUUUUUUGUGGCAGCGUCAGUACAGCAUGGAUUAACUGACAGGGAAAGCAGUAUCUUUUUAUAAAAAAAAAA